AAAUUCCUUAUUAUGAAUGGAAUAAACCUAGAGUGAUGUUCUCGCUUUCCUUCCAUUUAAGUUGUUGUAAGCAAAUUCAAAUUUUUAGGUAGUCUCAUUCCAGACUGAAGUGUAUAUAAUUUUUCAAAAUUUUUGAGAGGUGGGCAGAUACCAUUUGGGAAGAUAAGUGUAUUUUGUUACCUACAGAGAAAAAUGGUAAAGAGUAAAAUCUCUAUCAGAACUGAGCUACAAUAAGACUUUAUAGCUGGUCUUUUCAAGAGGAAUAAAGCUACAUCUUGAAAUAUCCUGUACCUUUUAUCCAUGUAUUUUUUUUUCACCAGAUAGCUUGAAGAUUUAUUUUAAGGAUCAGUAGAAUUCUUGUAAUUGAGACUAAUGUUACAGUCAUAUCCUGACCAAUAUUUGGAAAUUUGAGUGCAAUAAAAUGGCAUUAUUAAAAUAGGAAGAAUCGAACCAACAGCUUAGUUUAUUUUAAAAACUAAAGGAAGAUGUCCUUUUUCCCUAAAAUCGUUUUCCAAUAUGAAGUUGAAGAGUAUCUCACCAAAGUGUUCAGAAAUAAUGAGCUUAUCACUGCUUUAGGUACACAGGAGGCAGAGAAAAAAUACCAGUCUCUGUUAAGUCAUCUAUCUCAUCCACCAGCUUUUACAACUGUAAGAGUAAAUACCCACUUGGCCUCGGUGAAACAUGUGAAAAAAUUGCUAUUUGAAGAGAUCCAGAAGCAAUUUAAAGGACUAUGUGUUCCAGUUCUCGAGCACCCAAAACUUCAGGACAUUUUACUAAUUCCUGUCAUUGGACCCAGGCGAGAUUUAAAAAAAUAUGCAUCUGAAGUCAUUGUUGGAGCCCAGUGUGGAUAUGCAGUACUUCGAGGAGCACACGUUUAUGUCCCUGGAAUUGUAUCCACCUCAAGAUUUGUGAAAGCUGGAGAUCUGGUUUCAGUGUAUUCAGAUAUUGAAGGAAAAUGCAAAAGAGGAGCCAAAGAAUUCGAUGGAGUCAAAGUUUUCCUUGGAAAUGGGAUUUCAGAACUCAGCCGCAGUGAAAUCUUCAGUUCAAGUGCCCCACUGAAGGGGCUGGGCAUAAGAAUGAUAGAGCCAGUCUACCUUAGUCCUUCAUUUGACAAUGUGCUCCCUAGUCAUUUGUUUUUACAGAAUUUACCUUCUGUGGUUGUGAGCCAUGUUUUAAACCCUCAACCAGGAGAGAAAAUUUUGGAUAUGUGUGCUGCACCUGGAGGAAAAACAACCCAUCUUGCAACACUAAUGCAUGAUCAGGGUGAAGUCAUAGCCAUGGACAAGAUAGCUAACAAGAUCAAGAAAAUCAAGCAGAAUGCUGAAUUGCUACAGUUGAAUUGCAUUAAGGCCUUUUGCUAUGAUGGAACAAAGGCCCUUUCAGUAGAGAAGAGAGAGGAUAAACAAGAAGGACCUCCAUUCUUAUCAGAGUCAUUUGAUCGAAUUCUUCUUGACGCUCCAUGUAGUGGGAUGGGACAGAGACCAAACAUGGCUUAUUUCUCAACUCUAAAGGAAGUGACUUCAUAUCAGCCACUACAGCGCAAGCUUUUCACUGUGGCAGUGAAGUUGCUGAAGCCAGGAGGUGUUUUAGUAUAUAGUACAUGUACAAUUACACUUUCUGAAAAUGAGGAGCAAGUUGCUUGGGCCCUGAAAACUUUUCCAUGCCUCCAGCUUCAUCCACAGGAACCUCACAUUGGAGGAGAAGGCAUGAAGGGAGCUGGACUAUCACUUGAUCAGUUGAAGCUGCUACAGAGAUUUGAUCCAUCUGCUGUGACAUUGCGAGGAAUGGAUAUCAAUUCUUUGCAAGAUUCUGGAGAAGAUGACCUGAUUUCUUUGGCAAAUAAAGACUGUAUAGGAUUUUUCAUUGCAAAAUUUAUUAAAUUGAACAGUAAAUAAGGAUUUGGGAAUGCAACAUGAAAAAUACCUCAGUGAGUCUAAGAACAGUUCAGACGUGAAGUGCCUUUCUUCCUGCUGCAAUGUUACCAAGCCAACGGGCUGACGGCAGGGUUGCUAUGGCAGCACUAAAAUCUGCCAGCUGUUCUGAUGGGAAAGAGCCACAGGUUGCAGCAGAAAAGUCAUGGCUGGGGGAAGGGUAGUAUCACUUGUAAGUCUCCCUCUGCUUUUGUGUUUACAGCAGGUCACUGCCUGAAUGACAAUUAUGUUCACUUAUACUGCUGUCUGCUCUGGUUUCCCCUUAUCUGCGGCAUGCCUAGGAAGGGGAUGUAAAUUACUUUACAAAAUGCAAACAUAAAAAAAUAGAUGGGAACUAUUACAAUGAAUUUUGGAAAGGGUAGUUUUCUAUGUAGGUUUACCAAUAGUUAGUUUCAUUAAAUAGUGCUUCUCAAAAUACUGCAACAUUUUACAAAGAACUGUUUUAUAAAUUGAUACUUAGAACCUCAUUUCUCUUUUAUUUUAAUACAAGCAAGAUUCUCUGUACACAUAGUAUAUACACAAAAUACGAUUAGGCUUUGUAGCAUGUCUUUUAUAGCAGCAUGAAUAUAUUAAACCAUCUCACUCUGGGAAUGUAAAUAAAUAUUGUUUCAACAUCAAACUUCCCAUGCAUAAACUGUAUUGGUUCUGAAAUAGCCUAUUGGACGGGCUGACAAGUGACAGUUUUAAAAUCAAACAUUUGUAACAGAAGGGGCUACAGUUAUGAUUAAUAUAUCAAAAGACAGAAAACAAUGAAUAAUACCAUCUGAAAUGUUGCAAAUCAUCUUUCAAACAAUUAAGGAUAUUAACUCUUUAUUGGUUAGAAAGCAUCACCAGCUAAAAUCAUGAAAAUUGAAACUGGGGAAGCAUGCUAAUGAAAACUGCCUUACUACACUGCUUGAAGUUUAAAUAAUCUAAAUUUCUUAAAAGAUGUUAGAUGUAUUUGAAAAUUCUGCUUCAGUUCCAGUUUGAACAGUAUUCUCAGUCCUGCUGGAACUGACAAUAGCACUAAAGAAGGAAAGCUAAGGACAAGGAAAAACAGAAGCUGACGUCUAUGUGUGUUUGGAGUUUUCUUCUCACUCAUCAGUUUCCAGUUUUAGAAAGCAUUAUCUGAAAAAGUCUGUCUUUUCACACCUAUUUGGUUGGAUUAAAAAAAGCAAUAGUUCUUUUAUCAUUUGUCUUUCUACUGUAAGAAGUGCAUCUUUUAUUUGCUUGCAAUCAAAACAAUCUGUACAAUUCUCUUUCUCGGUAGUCUGGUUGUUUACUUCUAUUUUCCAUAAAUGUUUUGAUACUGUAUGUUUCCUACUGCUCUUCAAUAAAAGUGAAAGGUUUCUUCUGUCCUGCCAA